AUGCAGCUAGACGCAGGAUUGCCCCGUCUGCGUGCGCAGGUGGCCGUCGCUGGCGUACCCGCACAAGUGCCAGACGCAAAGCACGCGCGCGUCCUUGUGAUGCAAGAAACGUACCGAGCUCUCGUUCUUAGUCAGCGCUUCACGUUGCAGCGUGCACGACAGCCAGCAGUCGCGUCGUUCAGGAGCUGCAGUGCUCUGGACAGCUCUGUAGCUGGUAUUCAUCACGACUGCAGAGUAGGCUCGAGAGUGGAGCUACUGUACGCUACUACUGAAUGGGAAGUGGGACGGCGUGACACAGACGGUCGGUCGUUCAUCGCAUGGGGUCGCCAUCGAAGCGAUUCAGCGAAAGCUCCUGCCGGAAGAAAGUCCACUCUGGGUGCCACUGCCACCAUGUAA